AUGCGAGUACUUACAUACGUUUUGACAAGUUUACUUGUUGUUGUGACAUCCUUCAAUAUUCUAUCAAAUGAUAAUUCAAUUGAUAAUCCUACGACACAUCCACGAAUCAAGAAGCUUUGGAAUGAAUUGCAAAACUUCCAAUCAGAAUUUGAAACAGAGUAUGAAGAGGAUGAUCUUGUAGAGGAUACGGAUAAGAAAAUUCAGAGUGAUCUAGCAUUUGAGAUCUCUCCCCAUGCCAUCAAUUACUUCUGGCAUCAAAUGAUGGCCUCUAUUCGUCAUGAUGCUCUUCGUCAAUCGACCAUCUCUUUCCAAACUUCUUAUCUCGAAUUCGAUGUUCGUGUUGAUGCGAUUCAGAUUGUCCAUUUCCUACCGCCUACCAUUCAUAUGCGGUCAACGAAGGACCAAAUCAAAAUACGUACGGAAGGUGGACAAGCAAAGCUUCUCGGCCUCUACUACGGAAAAUACAGAACAAUUCGUGAAGGACAAUUGGAGGCAAUCAUUGAAGAUUUGCACAUUAAUCUAGACAUCAACAGAAAUGAGGAGGGAAAGAUGAUGGCUAUCGACAGAGAUUGCUCGCAUAGCAUUGGAUCUGUUGAUAUUACAUUAAGACCUAUACUUCCAGCACAAAUAGCUGAUACAAUCAGGGAUGAGAUCAUUGAAAGAGUUGCCAGACGGAUAUGUCCAGCUGUUACAAGUUUCGCUAAUCGAAUCUUCAAAACGGCUCAAACAUCAUUAAUUUUACCACGUCCGCUACCUACCAGUACCGAUUCCACUCACUAUAAAUUUUCUCAUACAGAAGCCAAUGAUCAAAGUGUCAUCAUUUCGCAUGAAAUUCAAGAGGGCGAUUCAAAUGAUGUUGUCCGCUUGCCAAAUAAGCCUUCAACUAUGACAACGAUUGCUGUGUCUGAAAACUUUAUAAAUAAUUAUUUUGAUGAAUUGAACAAGAAAGGAGAUACAGUUUUCAACUUCCAUCACAUUGAGCAGAUCAAAAAAAUGCUCCAAACUCAUUGUCAAGAGAAAGAAGUUUGUAUCGGAAAUGUGUUGGAGUUGCCAAAAGCUAUAGAAGGAACAGGACGAUUAGACGCUCGUUGCAUUCAAAGUCCAAAAAUCACAUUCAGUGAAGAUAAGGCUCACUUGAAAUUGGAUUUGCACUUCGAGUUAACGUAUGAGCAGGCUGAUACAGAAAGCCGACAAGUUUACUUGUCCUUCCACACACCUCUCAAUCUGCGAGUUCGAAAUCUAGAAUUGACAGCUCUACCAGAGGGAAAGUAUCAAUGGAAAGCAGAUUAUACCAUUGAGGAUAUCAGCUUCGGAAAGAUCCGACAGAAAGAAUUCCGUGUCUCGAACAUCCAAACAAUACUAGAAGAGUUCACAGCAGAGCACAUCGAUGCCAUUGAGUCUCUGUUGUCAACGUACAUGGGCGGCAAUUUACCCAUUUUCACGAACCACAACAUUCACAUGAAACAACAUGGCAAGACUCGGUUUACCGACGGUCAAAUGACAGUUCAAGCUGACUUCAAAAUCAACAGAGCUCUAUUUCCAGUAUUCGAUUUCUUAUUUUAA